AGCAACAUACCACCUUAUCUCAGCCGUUCCAUUGGCUUCAGUGUGGCCACUCCAGAUUAAGUUGUUCGGGAUUGCUAACAAAUCUGUUCUUGUAAAAGGUUGUUGGCGUUUGACAUAAAAAGAAGCAUUCCCUUGAAAUUGAUGACAGCUGUGACAACAGGAAGCACUGAUUUAUGUCCGUAUAUCUAUCCUUGCCAGAGGUCUUAGGAGGGAUAGGAUAGAAAUCAGGAUGAAGGAAAAAGAGGUUACUAAUUGGGAGAGGGUUAUUAGAAUUUGUUUAUGGCUGGCUAUCUUACUUUACUGGAUUUCUGGAGUUGUGUUAAUGUGCUUAGGAGUGUCCAUUCAAGUGAAAUUCCAUGAUACAUUUUUGGUGCUGAAUGAAGCUGUUUCAGGAGUUCCUAUGAUCAUAACGGUUAUUGGCACGCUCAUAAUCCUUAUAUCUACCUUUGGGGCUGUUGCUCUACUAAAAUGCAACCUAAAGAUGAUGAGAUUGUUCACAGGUAUACUGCUGGCACUCUUGAUAACUGAAAUCAUAGCUGGAGCAGUUGUCUGUAUUUACAGAGAGAAGUUGCACCAAACUUUAUUGAGAGAUGUCUUGAGAACCUUGGACAAAUAUAACAGAGAACUGCAUAUCACCAAGGGUGUGGAUAGUCUACAGAGACAGUUCCAGUGCUGUGGCGCAGAGAACUAUACUGACUGGCUCAACACAACAUUUGGAUUUCUCUCCUCCUCCGUUCCAAGAAGUUGCUGUAAAGUACCUGUGGAAAGCUGUGUCACAGAUCUCAGCAAAUACACCAUAGGGAUUAAUCAGCAGGGAUGUGUCCUAAAAUUGAAGAACUGGGUUGAAGAACACAUGGCUGUGUUUGGAGGGGUUGGGAUUUUUAUUGGACUUGCACAGCUAACUGGGAUCCUGUUUUGCUGUCUGCUGCUGAAAAUAUUAAAAGAAAAUUAUGAAAGUAUUGAAUAAAUUUAAGAAGCUGAUGCUGCUCUUUAUAGUUGAAACUGAAAAGCAAAACUUGCACAGUCCUAUUUGCCUUGCUUAUUAUAUAGCAUGCAAAUAAAAUAUUCCUAUCUCUUGGAAUACUUAUUUGA